CCGGUCGAGUGUGUGGACGGGUGGCUCGGUGUCGGAUCGUUAUUUGGUGGGUUUUUCUUUUGUGUACACCGGGCGAGAGAGAGAGAGAGAGAGAGACUUUUAUGCGAGUUGCGGGACAGAACGUUGCCACGGGGUGUCCUUACGUGAGGGUGCACCCUUUUUAAGGGUUAGGCAGAAGUGAGCUGUUGGUCCGAUUGACAAAAUGACGACCGAUAUCUCGGUGGUGCGCGGGGGAUGGGACCCCACGCUGCAACAAGAGAUUGUCGACGAGUACGAAUACGACGGGGGAAACUCGAGUUCGAGACUUUUCGAACGCUCACGUAUCAAGGCGUUAGCUGGUGAGCGUGAAUUAGUGCAAAAGAAGACUUUCCAGAAAUGGGUCAACUCCCACUUGGUUCGAUGUUCGUGCCGGAUCGGCGAUCUGUACGUCGAUCUGCGAGACGGCAAGAUGCUGAUAAGACUCUUAGAGAUUCUAUCGGGUGAGCGUUUACCGCGUCCCACCAAGGGCAAGAUGCGCAUCCAUUGCCUAGAGAAUGUGGACAAGGCCCUGCAAUUCUUACGCGAGCAAAGGGUACAUCUGGAGAACAUGGGUUCUCAUGACAUCGUCGACGGAAAUCCGCGUCUGAGUUUGGGUCUUAUCUGGACGAUCAUCCUACGAUUCCAGAUCCAAGAUAUUACAAUUGAAGAGACGGAUAAUCAGGAGACCAAGUCCGCCAAGGACGCGUUACUGCUGUGGUGUCAGAUGAAGACCGCCGGUUAUCACAACGUAAAUGUAAGAAACUUCACGACAUCGUGGCGGGACGGUCUGGCGUUUAACGCAAUCAUCCAUAAACACCGUCCGGACCUGAUCCAGUUUGAUAAGCUUUCCAAAUCGAACGCGAUCUAUAAUCUUAACAAUGCAUUCAACGUCGCGGAAGACAAACUCGGUCUCACGAAACUCCUGGACGCUGAAGAUAUCUUCGUCGACCAUCCGGACGAGAAGUCCAUUAUAACAUAUGUCGUUACAUAUUAUCAUUACUUCUCGAAGAUGAAGCAGGAGACGGUGCAAGGUAAAAGGAUUGGCAAAGUGGUCGGUAUUGCGAUGGAGAAUGACCGUAUGAUACACGAAUAUGAGAGUCUCACCAGCGACCUGCUGCGUUGGAUCGAAGCCACAAUAGAGGCGCUUGGCGAUCGCAGAUUUGCGAAUUCUUUAGUUGGCGUUCAGUCGCAACUCUCGCAAUUCUCGAAUUAUCGCACUGUAGAAAAACCGCCUAAAUUUGUGGAGAAGGGUAAUCUUGAAGUACUACUGUUCACCUUGCAAUCGAAAAUGCGCGCAAAUAAUCAGAAGCCUUAUACGCCCAAAGAAGGUAAGAUGAUAUCCGAUAUCAACAAAGCCUGGGAGAGACUAGAAAAGGCGGAGCACGAACGAGAAUUGGCCUUACGAGAGGAACUGAUCCGGCAGGAGAAGUUGGAACAAUUGGCGGCUAGAUUUAAUCGAAAGGCCAGCAUGCGCGAGACAUGGUUGUCAGAGAAUCAACGACUGGUGUCGCAGGAUAACUUCGGCUUUGAUCUUGCCGCCGUGGAAGCUGCUGCCAAGAAACACGAGGCAAUAGAAACCGACAUUUUUGCCUAUGAAGAGCGCGUGCAAGCCGUCAUGGCAGUCUCACAAGAGCUUGAGGCUGAGAAUUAUCAUGACAUCGAGCGUAUCAAUGCUCGUAAGGACAACGUACUGCGCUUGUGGAAUUAUCUCCUAGAAUUACUCCGCGCUAGGCGGAUGCGAUUGGAGUUGUCGCUGCAGCUGCAACAAAACUUCCAAGAGAAGUUGUAUAUUCUGGACAGCAUGGAGGAGAUCAAGAUGCGACUAUUGACGGAUGAUUACGGCAAACACUUGAUGGGCGUGGAGGAUCUGCUGCAAAAGCAUUCUCUCGUCGAGGCAGACAUCAACGUGCUAGGCGAGAGAGUCAAGGCUGUCGUUCAACAGAGUCAGAGAUUCUUGGAGCACGGAGAGGGCUAUCGACCGUGCGACCCAGCUAUCAUAGUUGAACGUGUGCAACAGCUGGAGAACGCGUACGCCGAACUGGUGCGGCUAGCGAUCGAGCGUCGCACCAGACUUGAGGAAUCUCGGAAGCUUUGGCAGUUUUAUUGGGACAUGGCCGACGAGGAGAAUUGGAUAAAGGAGAAGGAACAAAUUGUAUCUACAGGUGACAUUGGUCAUGAUCUGACGACUAUUAAUCUUCUAUUAUCUAAGCACAAGGCGUUGGAAAAUGAGAUACAGUCACACGAGCCACAGUUGAUGUCGGUCGCUGCCGUUGGCGACGAACUAGUUCGGCAACAACAUUUCGGCUCGGAUCGUAUUCAAGAGAGACUCCAAGAAAUUCUUGCCAUGUGGAAUCAUCUACUGGAUCUGGCAGCUUUUAGGAGAAAGCGGCUCGAAGAGGCUGUUGACUACCAUCAGCUCUUUGCGGACGCAGACGAUAUCGAUAUUUGGAUGUUGGAUACCUUACGGCUCGUUUCAUCGGAAGAUGUCGGUAGAGACGAGGCGAAUGUGCAGUCAUUAUUGAAAAAGCACAAGGAUGUGACGGAUGAGCUCAAGAAUUACGCUACGACUAUCGAGCAACUUCAUCAGCAGGCGUCCACGUUAGGCGAGCAGGACGCGAAGUCGCCGGAGGUCCUGGAAAGACUGACCUCGAUAGAUAACAGGUACAAAGAGCUUCUCGAGCUGGCUAAAGUGCGUAAGCAAAGACUCUUGGAUGCCCUGUCGUUGUAUAAGGUAUUCAGCGAGACUGACGGAGUUGAGCAAUGGAUCGGUGAGAAAAACAGAAUGCUGGAUACGAUGGUGCCCGUCAAGGACAUCGAAGACGUCGAGAUCAUGAAACACCGUUACAACGGUUUCGAGAAAGAGAUGAACGCAAAUGCAUCUCGCGUUGCCGUGGUUAAUCAAUUGGCCAGACAAUUGCUACACGUCGAGCAUCCGAACUCGGAACAGAUAAUCGCACGACAGAACGAGCUCAAUCAGAGAUGGGCCGAGCUGCGCGAGAAGGCGGAGGGCAAACGCGAAGAGUUGAAUUCCGCACACGGUGUGCAGACGUUCCAUAUUGAGUGUCGCGAGACCGUGUCGUGGAUUGAGGAUAAGAAGCGAAUCUUACAGCAGACCGAUAGCCUAGAGAUGGAUCUGACCGGCGUGAUGACACUACAGCGCAGAUUAAGUGGCAUGGAACGUGAUCUGGCGGCCAUUCAGGCCAAAUUGGAUUCUCUGGAGAAGGAAGCAGAGGUCAUACAGAAAGAACAUCCAGAAGAGGCAGCUGUGAUACGCGAUAGAAUCGCGCAGAUCCAUCUAAUUUGGGAGCAGCUGACGCAAAUGUUAAAGGAACGUGACGCCAAACUCGAAGAGGCCGGAGAUUUGCACCGAUUCUUGCGUGAUCUCGAUCACUUCCAAGCAUGGCUCACGAAAACUCAGACUGAUGUCGCCAGCGAGGACACACCGACCAGUCUUGCUGAUGCCGAGAAGCUUCUUACGCAGCAUCAGAACAUCAAGGAGGAGAUCGAUAAUUACACCGACGACUAUCAGAAGAUGAUGGAGUACGGUGAGCGACUGACUACGGAGGCCGGCGACGGUGAUACACAAUACAUGUUCCUGCGGGAAAGAUUGAAUGCGCUGAAGAUGGGCUGGGAAGAGCUACAUCAGAUGUGGGUGAAUCGUCAGAAUUUGCUAUCCAAUUCUCUGAAUCUACAAGUGUUCGAUCGAGACGCGCGUCAAGCGGAGGUACUCCUGUCGCAACAGGAGCACAUUCUUGCUAAGGAUGAAACGCCAGCAAACUUCGAACAAGCAGAGCAUAUGAUCAAGCGACACGAAGCUUUUAUGACGACUAUGGACGCCAAUGACGAGAAGAUUAAUUCAGUUGUGCAAUUUGCCGGACGUUUAGUCGAUGAGGGACACUUCGCGGCCGAUAAAGUGAGGAAGAAGGCCGAAAACAUCAACGAGCGUCGCCGGGUCAAUCGCGAGAGAGCUAAUCAACUUAUGGAGAAACUCAAGGAUCAGCUUCAGUUACAGAUGUUCCUGCAGGAUUGCGAGGAACUUGGCGAAUGGGUGCAAGAGAAACAUAUCACCGCUCAGGACGAAACAUAUAGAAGCGCAAAGACUAUUCACAGCAAGUGGACUCGUCACCAGGCGUUUGAGGCGGAGAUUGCGAGCAACAAGGAUCGUUUGCAACAAUUGCAGCAAGCCGCGGACGAAUUGAUUCAACAGAAACCAGACCUGGCCGAGAUUAUCAACCCGAAGGUAGCCGAAUUAGCGGAUCAAUUUGUGGAUUUGGAGACCACGACUCAUGAUAAGGGUGAACGAUUGUUUGAUGCGAAUCGCGAGGUAUUGAUACACCAGACUUGCGAUGACAUCGACUCUUGGAUGAACGAGCUCGAGAAGCAGAUAGAAAGCACUGACACUGGUUCUGAUUUGGCUUCUGUGAAUAUAUUAAUGCAGAAGCAACAGAUGAUCGAGACGCAAAUGGCGGUGAAAGCAAAACAAGUUACCGAACUUGACAAGCAAGCGGAACAUUUACAGCGCACAGUGCCGGACGAUAAGAUGGAGGAGAUUAAGUGCAAAAAGGAGAAAGUCGCCCAGAGAUUCGCGCAGCUUAAGGCGCCGCUCAUCGAUCGCCAACGGCACCUCGAGAAGAAGAAGGAAGCCUUCCAAUUCCGGCGCGACGUCGAAGAUGAGAAACUAUGGAUUGCGGAGAAAAUGCCGCAGGCAACUAGUUCCGAAUACGGAAACUCGUUGUUUAAUGUUCACAUGCUGAAGAAGAAAAAUCAGUCGCUGCGUACCGAGAUCGACAACCAUGAACCCAGGAUCAAUCUAGUGUGCAAUAACGGGCAGAAGUUGAUUGAUGAAGGACACGAGGAUAGCCCUGAAUUCCAGAAACUGAUAUCCGAAUUAACAGAAAAGUGGCGCGAGCUAAAGGACGCGGUCGACGAUAGAAACAGGCAUUUGCUGCAAAACGAGAAAGCGCAGCAGUACUUCUUCGACGCUACCGAGGCCGAGUCGUGGAUGAGCGAGCAAGAACUGUACAUGAUGGUUGAAGAUCGCGGUAAGGAUGAGAUCUCCGCUCAGAAUUUGAUGAAAAAGCACGAGUCUCUGGAACACGCAGUCGAGGAUUACGCGGAAACGAUUCGUCAACUUGGCGAGACCGCCCGGCAGCUCAUAAACGAUCAGCAUCCGUUGGCUGAUCAGAUCGCCGUGAAGCAAUCGCAGGCAGACAAACUCUAUGCCGGCUUGAAGGAUCUGGCGGGUGAACGACGCGCCAAAUUGGACGAGGCGCUCCAAUUAUUCAUGUUGAACCGCGAGGUCGACGAUCUCGAACAAUGGAUUCAGGAACGCGAACUGGUCGCCGGUAGUCACGAAUUGGGUCAGGAUUACGACCACGUAACUUUAUUGUGGGAGAGAUUUAAGGAGUUUGCGCGCGACACUGAGGCGAUCGGUUCCGAGCGGGUAGAAGCCGUGAACGGCAUCGCCGAUUCUCUGAUUGCCACCGGACACUCCGAUGCGGCAACGAUCGCCGAAUGGAAGGACGGCUUAAACGAGGUCUGGCAAGAUCUGCUCGAAUUAAUUGAGACGCGCACGCAGAUGCUAGUGGCCAGUCGCGAACUGCACAAGUUCUUCCACGACUGCAAGGAUGUUCUCGGUAGAAUCCUAGAAAAACAGAACGCUAUGUCCGAUGAAUUGGGUCGAGAUGCCGGUUCGGUAUCUGCUCUUCAACGUAAGCACACCAACUUCAUCCAGGAUUUGUCCACAUUGCAGAGUCAAGUGACGCAGAUCGAGGAGGAAUCCGCCAAAUUGCAAGCAAGCUAUGCCGGUGACAAAGCACGAGAAAUUACGAAUCGCGAAGCCGAAGUUGUGGCAGCAUGGAACAAUUUGCAAUCACUAUGCGAGGGCAGACGGACUAAAUUGGAAGACACCGGAGAUCUCUUCAGAUUCUUCAACAUGGUUAGGACCUUGAUGAUCUGGAUGGACGACGUUGUGCGUCAAAUGAACACAUCCGAAAAGCCACGCGACGUUGCCGGUGUUGAAUUACUGAUGAACAAUCAUCAGAGCUUAAAGGCGGAAAUCGAUGCUAGAGAGGAUAAUCUGAUGGCGUGCAUCAAUCUCGGGAAAGACUUGCUAGCCAGAAAUCAUUACGCUAGCGCGCAAAUAAAGGAAAAACUGGCAGCACUGACGGACCACAGAAACGCGCUUUUGCAUCGAUGGGAGGAACGUUGGGAAAAUUUGCAGCUCAUUUUGGAAGUCUAUCAGUUUGCCCGAGAUGCAGCGGUUGCUGAAGCAUGGUUAAUUGCUCAAGAACCGUAUCUUAUGAGUCAGGAGCUCGGUCAUACUAUUGACGAAGUUGAAAAUUUGAUCAAGAAACAUGAAGCUUUUGAAAAAUCGGCAGCUGCACAAGAAGAAAGAUUUAGUGCCUUGCACCGACUUACCACAUUUGAAUUGAAAGAGCUGAAGCGACGGGAGCAAGAAAGGGAAGAAGAGGAAAGACGCAAGAAGGAAGAGGCGGCAGCGGCGGAGGCCGCACGUUUGGCCAAGGCAACGCCCGUUACUAGUCCAGACGAACCACCUAGUGAAAGAGCCGAAACUGACGGAGCAACAAGCGGAGAACGCGCUGAAGACGAGGGACACGUGGCACAUCGCAAGGCUUCUACACGUACACCACAGCCUCAAGACAAGCCCAAGGAAGUGCAUGCACAAAAACCUAGGCAACUGUCUUUCCGGGAAGGAGAAGGGAUUCCUGUCGCGCCAACUUCUGCGAAAACUCCGCCGCAUGGUACUCCUCGCACACCGACAACUCCAAAAGGCGGAAGCGGCUCCGAGUCUUUAAGGCGUAAGGAACGAAGCCGCAGCAAGUCACCGUUUAGGAGUUUCCGCUGGAGAAAGUCCGCCAAGUCGCCGAGUUUAGAUCGCAGUGGCGUGAGUGACGAUGAGCGUAGUAUCCCCGAGCAACGAAGUCCAAGCGACGACGAAUUCGAAGGACCAUUACAGCGGAAGCACGAGUGGGAGAGUACGACGAAGAAGGCAUCCAAUCGCUCCUGGGACAAGGUGUACAUGGUUGUACGCGGGCAGAACUUAUGUGUAUAUAAAGAUCAGAAGUCGUACAAAGCUUCACCUGAUCAAUCGUACAAAGGAGAAGCUCCCCUUGAUUUACGAGGCGCGACUAUUACCGUAGCGAGUGAUUACACUAAGAAGAAACAUGUCUUCCGAGUCAAGUCGCAAAGCGGAUCCGACUUCCUGUUCCAGGCCAAAGAUGACGCCGAGAUGAACGACUGGGUGUCCGUAUUAAAUCAAGCGGCGCAAGGAACAUCAGGUGCAAGUACGUCCAGAGCCCACACUCUACCCGCCCCGACACAAGCCGAAACUAAGCGGCGUAGUUUCUUCACUCUCAAGAAAAACUAAACUGGAGCAGUGAAGUUUGGUAUAAGCCGCUCGUAAUGCGUCUCAGCACAACAUCGCGUUUAUGAAAAAUGUUUCGUCGCUCUACAUGGUUAAAGCAACGCUAAUAUAAAAUUAGAAGACAUGAUCACACACGAUGGGGUAUUAUGAAAUGAAUUGAAGGACGAAUUGAAUGGAUCUUUGACAAAACGCCUACGUUCGACGAAUGGAGAUAUUUAACGGUUAUAUAUGUUGAUAUUUACAAGUGUAGGCUAUUGAAAGUCUAAUUAAAUUUAGUUCUUCAAUGAAUUUUGGACACUUUGCAAUAUUGCUAGUUGAAGAACAAGCGACAUUUAUUGUCCCACGUUAGCGUGAUCAGAUUUGACACGGGAUUUUAUUCUAUAAUAUACACGUAAUUCGUAUUUACGUGUUUUAUUAUCACUAUCACGCAUUAGAAAUGCAUGAUCAUUUUCUUGUCAUUUAAUGUAUCAAAUUAUGUCUUCUUUAUGAUACAAAAUAAUUUCUAUAAUUCAGCAAUUUUCUUAAGAAGUUAUUUAACAGAGAUGACAAGAGCUUAAUUCAUUUUUAAAAGAAUGUAGAUUUGAGGAAACAUAUAUGUAUAUUAAUCAUGGGGCUUAUGUCGAUUUAUAAUUAUUCUACACGAUGAGCACAGAUUUUUGUGACGACUUAAUUUUAAAUAUUUUGACGCAUUUUAUUGCAUUUUUGCGCAGGUUCUCAUAUUAUAGAAGAGAUAUAAUCUCUAACAACAAUAAACGUGAGAACGAGAAAUGAUUCCAGCCGUGUUGAUUGCUUAGGAUAUAUCGCUUUCAUUAUCAUAUUAUUGCACUGCAGUAUUUUAUUUGACUUUCUUUCCCUGCAAACGUGUCUGUUUGCGUUUGAAUGACUGCCAUAUAUUUUAAGAGCCACACUAACUUGGGACAUAAUAUUAUAUAAACUAGCUUUUAAUAAAUUGUUAAAUAUGCAGCGUCCUAAGGGAAAAAUCGCAUUGAAGAAUUAUAAAGAAAAUAUAAUAACUAACAAGAGAGUUUUCCCCUUCCCAAACUUUCCCUAAAUAUUCCUAAAUAUCAUAAUUCUGUAGAAAAAAAAAUGGAAGGAUAUUUAAAAAUUUAUAGACUUACGCAAAUGAUACAGUUCGUAUUAAGUGAGCGCUUACGGUAAAUUAUUAUAUAACCGUAAAUUAUUAUAUCACUGUCGCAAAUCACUGUAUCUCACUUGAUUCCAACUUGACAUUUGGCGUGAUAUUACACGGAUCAUAUAUUUACUCUUUUGUAAUUGUUAAUUUUUUUUAAUAUUUAUCGCAUUUGUCUUGUUUUUUUUUAGAGUAUAAGUCCCUCUAUUGCAAAGUUCUAGAACUCUUUUCGUGCUCCGAAACUUUUGGUCUAAUUAUUAUAUCUUGGAAAUUAUAAUGGUUUUAGGAGAAAAAAAUAUAUUUAACGGCAUUUCAUUUGUUUUUCAAAUCAAUGCGACUCGACUGAUCGAUCCGGCGACUAUCUGUUACAACUUGCGAUAGCCUCUUUAAUUCCGACUUGCGUCAAACAUUUGGGAUAUCUAAGUUCGUAAUGGCGUUUUUAGCUAAGCUUAUAUACACAGAGAUUUGUAUAUACGGAGCUGUACGCAUAUUAUGUCCGCGAGAAUAAAUUUUAAUCAAAAUGAUCGUUCAUUCGCUUUUAUAAUUUUAUGCAUGCGCAUUUAGCGAAAACAUUUAAAUAUCAGAGUCGCAUUGCUAAACAAUACAACAUUUGGUAUGUCAUAGCUAUGUGUUUUAUAUUAUAAAUAUAUCUAUAAAUAUAUAAAUACACAGAGAAUGAUGAGAAGAACAUUAAGAAAUAAAAAUUAUUAUAAUAGAUGAUAUAUAUAUA